UAUUAAAAGUUAAUAAGACGCUACCAAAAGACUAAAACUGUUGUCUAAAUUUUAUUCCUGUCAAACAUUAACAAGCACACAAAAUGAACGCGUCAAUAAAGCUUAUUGCUUUAGGAUUAAUAUCCUUUUGUAUAAAUACAACACUAUGCCAAAAUAUGGCAAAUGACCUACUCAUUAAAAAAAUUUUUGGGGAUGCUACUACGAAGGAAAUAAAGGAUCGAAGUGCAGAACUCCAAACCAAGAUAUGUGAAAAAUGCGUCUUAAAUCUCUGCAAUGGGCCCAGUGGUAAUGGUGACGCCUGCCGUUAUGUUUAUGAAUGCUGUUAUAUACGUGACGUGGUAUCAGAUGCAUCAAGACCCCAACGAAUCAGUAGCUGCGGUCAACGAAAUCCGAAUGGUUUAGUGUACAAAAAUACUGAGGUCCACCAUGAGGAUGCGGAAUUUGCCGAAUUUCCAUGGAUGGUAUUAAUUCGACAUUGUACUAACGAUCAUAUAAUAGGUGGUGGCUCGUUAAUCGCACCAAAUGUUGUUCUGACAAGCGCACUUAGCGUUAGAGACAAGACCGCACAGAUGCUGUAUGUGCGUGCUGGCGAGUGGGAUUUGGAAAGCACACUUGAACCGUAUGUACAUCAAAAUGCAUUCGUUAAAGAGAUCGUAUGCCAUGAAGAGUUUAAAGGAAUCCCCUUAUGUAAUGACAUUGCGCUCUUAGUUUUGAAAUCUUCAUACACCUUGACACCGAAUGUGCAGCCGAUCUGCUUGCCGGAAGUUAAUACAGUUUUGGAUAGAGAUCAUUGUAUUAGCAGCGGUUGGGGUCAAUUCAAACUUGGUCAAAUUAACGGGUACCAACCAAUUUUAAAGAAGGUCGAGUUUCCCAUUCUGUCGCAUGCUGCAUGUGAAGCUCAACUAGGUGGAAACUUUUUUUAUAUGUAUAAUUAUUUUCAAUUACAUCCGAGUUUCAUAUGUGCCGGUGGUGUACCAGGCAAUGAUAAGUUUAUAAGAGAAAGCGGCUCACCGUUGGUAUGUCCCGAUCGUAAUAACCCCGAACGUUACUAUCAAGUGGGUAUUGCCCCUUUGCCGGGUUUGAAUGUUGGUACAGAAAAUUUACUCUACUUGGAUUCGAGUGUACUGUAUUCACGGGAUUGGAUUAUUAUGAAGCUUAAAGAGAGAAGAGUGGAUUUACAAUAUUUUACAGCCUAAAUAAUAAUAAUUGUAUAUUAAUGUUUACAAA